AGUGCUCGUUUCGUGAGAACAAUACGUAGCAAGCCGUGAACGAGUGAAGUGCGCGUUUGUCAUUGAAGACAAGCAAAUUCACAUCCAAGCUGUACACACUUCCGCAAGGAACGUUAAACAAAUUCUUAACCCUCAGUGUUGCGUCUCGCGUAAAGCUGUCGUCCUUCUGUGCCAGUGCGUAUAAAGGCCUGACAACUUACAUCUUCUAACAACAAAAAAAACACACCAAACCUUUUCCAGUGUGUCAUCGUACAACCAUAACUAGGAAAUGAUGAAAUCGAUCUUCUUUGGAAUCGUUGCCCUGAUGUUUGCGGCUGUUGUCAUGCAGCAGGAGCAAGCAUCUGCACAGGUUACCGAUACGGAUCAGCCCUCAAGCACCGACGAAUGGAACUACAUGAACCGAAGCUGCUCCGCUAAGCUGCAGGAUCAAAUUAACAAAGAGUUCGAUGCAGCGAUCUUCUACAUGCAGUACGCCGCCUACUUCGCUCAGUACAAGGUGAACCUACCCGGGUUCGAAAAUUUCUUCUUCAAGGCUGCCUCGGAAGAACGCGAGCAUGGCAUGAAGCUGAUCGAAUAUGCGCUGAUGCGUGGACAAAAGCCAAUUGAUCGCAACACUUUUUCGCUUCACUUCGCUAAUCAGGUGCAGCAACCAGAACCGGGACCAGAAGGUUCGGUGGCACUGACUGCUUUGAAGGGUGCCCUCGCUAAGGAACAGGAGGUAACCAAGAGCAUCCGCGAGCUGAUCAAAAUCUGCGAGGAAGAUCACAACGAUUACCAUCUGGUAGACUACCUGACGGGUGAAUUCCUGGAAGAACAGCACCAGGGACAGCGCGAUCUGGCUGGAAAGAUCACCAUGUUGGGCAAGUUGUUGCGAACGAAUCCCAAGCUGGGCGAGUUUAUGUUCGACAAGCAGAACAUGUAAAAUGCAUUAAAGAAGAUGAGGAGAACCUUGUGCAAGAGCACAUUGCGUUUGAAUUUCGCGUGAUUGGUGUGCUAGAGGUAAAACUUCAAUAAAAAAAAACAACCUUCCGAUAACAUUCAAA